UUCUUUUUCCUCCCCUCCUCCCAGGAUUUUCCUUUUCUUCUCCUUUUAUCAUCAGGGUUUUAGCUUGGGAGAAGAAAAAGAAUGGAGUCCAUUGCGAAACAACCCCUUAAUCUCUCUCUCAACCCCCAUCGUCCAUCAUUUCCAAACCCCAUCAUUUCCCUCUCCUUUAAAACUCCACCUCCCUCAUCAUCACCCUUCAAACUCACCACCUCCAUCAGAGCCUCAUCCUCCUCCCGCAUCACCCCAGUCAAUCAAUCCCUUACCACCAUCAUCAAAACGACUUCCAUCACUCUCACCGCCGCUGCCGUAUUAUUCUUCACGCGCUUCAACUCCAAACCCGCAAUCGCCUCCCCGGUCGCCGCGUCGUCAUCCACUGCAGACCCCACAAAAGAAUCAUCCAAAGAAAAUGUCUCGUUUGAAGAACAAGAAAGAGCUCUUCAAGAUCAUCUAGCUCAAAACCCCAGUGAUGUCGAAGCUUUACGGUCUCUCAUGGAGGUGAGGAUCAAAUCAAAGAAACUUCAAGAGGCAAUUGAAGUAGUUGACCGAUUAAUCGAGCUGGAACCAAAUGAAGAUGAAUGGCCAUUGUUGAAAUCUCAAAUUUAUACUUACAGUGGAGAUUUUGAGUCUGCUAAAGAUGGAUUUGAAGCAGUUUUGCAAAAAGACCCACUUCGGGUCGAGGCUUAUCAUGGCCUUGUAAUGGCGAAUUCGGAAUCCGGUGGUUCGUUGGAAGUUGUGUUGAAAAGAAUUGAGAGUGCAAUGAAUAAAUGUAAGAAAGAAAAGAAGAACUCGGAUUUGAGGGAUUUUAAGUUACUGAUUGCGCAAGUUAGAGUAAUCGAGGAGAAGUAUUUUGAUGCGUUGAAGGUUUAUGAGGAGUUGGUGAAAGAGGAACCGAGGGAUUUUAGGCCGUAUUUGUGUCAAGGGAUGAUUUAUACUUUAUUGAGGAAGAAAGAUGAAGCAGAAAAGAAGUUUGAGCAGUUUAAAAAGCUUGUUCCAAAGAAUCAUCCUUAUAGGGAGUAUUUGGUUGAAAAUAUGUUUGCUACUAACUUCUUUUCGGAGAAGGUAGAGAGAUAGAGGAGUUGAGGGGUGUGGCUGAAUGCAUUGAGGUUAAGGGUAAUACCAAGUUGGCCGCAGGAGGAAUUUAUAGAUGGCGUUGUGCCACGUGCAUCUUCUUUGAUUGUUGAAAAUGCAUGUAUGGCUUAUACUAAGGUGUUGAAGAGAUCCACCAUCUCUGCAAAUGCUUUGCACAACAAGGCCGAGUGAGUUCGACUUUGUACCAGAUAGGAGGCAAAUGCUGGAGUUUGGAUUAUGGUGUCUUUACUGUAAUUUGGCAAAUUUGGGGUGAUCAGGCUUGGCCAUGAUGGUUCGUAGUUGUGUUUUCUAUAAUAUAUUUUCUCAUUGUGAUUUCAGAUUAUUACAGUUAUCAUUUAGCGAGAAUAUUUUAACGGGUUAAACUCAAAGCUAAAAUGUCAUGUUAAUCCAAUGAUUGUAGAGAAUAUGUGACCGUAAAGAAUUCAGGUUUGGAGCCUGUGAUUCGGUUUCAGUUCCAUGUGCUGCUGCCUUUUUGGACGGUGGAAUUGGUAGUCUUUAAGCUUGUGCUGUUAAUGACUAGUUGUCGUGAUGAAAUCUUCAUGCAGUGUAAGAUUAUGAUUUAAUAUCCA